ACAGAAUGAACGACAUUUGCUGCUUAGCUGCCAUCGUCUGCAUCGUUCCAAUACUAUGUGUAGCACUUGGAGAAACGGAUAUGCCUUGUCAGCCCAGAGCUAUUAGGUAUUUUAGGCCUGAAAGGGUUGCAGGAACGUGGUAUGCUACCAAUUUUUACUGGCCCGACUUGACAGCUGAGCUUUGGCGGGACUACACCAACACCUUCACUCUUCAUCCUAAUGGAAACAUGACGUGGCAGUUCGAUCUUAGAUGGAGUUUUACUAACUUUUCUGAGUGUGACAGCUGGUCACGUGAGCUAGUGCCUGACCCUAAUUUCAACGGCAAAUACGACUGGAUAUACAACGGAUUACACUACGACUCCCUGUACUUUGCGUUCAACCUCGCUAACCUUACAUUCACUUACCAGAUAGGUCCCGGAUCGGACGAGGUGCGCAUGGUCACGCUUGCCCAGCAUAAUGCUGCCAGGAUGAAGCAGAUAUACUGA